ACGAGAGACGCCAGCAUCGAUCAAUUAUCAGUGGCCAUUCCGUUGAAUGGCAACGACUUUGAAAAGAAAUGGCGCAAUGGUAGAUUCAUUGAGUGCUUGAAUCUAAAUGUUUCGGAUAUCACAUCCAACACGACCAUCAAAGAAACGUUCGUGCACAGAAUGGCUCAAUUUCGAGAUUUUAUCCAACGUUACAACUCAACACCAAUUUUAUUUGGUGGAACCUUACUAGGUUUAUCACACUUUUAUUAUCACUGUUUUGGUGUUCACUUUAUAAUAGUUCCGCAUAAUUCAUUGUUGAAUUUUGAACAAAAGAAAUUUGAGGUUGAUGACUCACUCGAACUGAGUGUUCGCGUAGAUUCGGUUAAGAUCGAUCUGUUCUUCAUAUACAAUGACAAUGAAAAUGAUUGGGUCGGAGGUAUGAUUGUGCCGAAGAAAGCCAAACUCAAGUGGACUUAUCCCCACAUCGACGACUUUUGUGUUGGUGACCUUUAUGGCGUGCUUUUCAACGUUCCGUGCAAUGUCGAAGAUGUUCUUGAGGCUGAUUACGGUGUCAACUGGACUAUACCUCAUCGAAGUGCUUCAUUCGUAUGGUAUAAAUCGCACAGAAACGUCAAAAGGAAUGGAUAUUGGAAAAAGUCCGAAUGGUCAACUGUUUAUAAGCAGUUCAGUAAGAAAAAAUCGGUCAAAUAG